GAUGUGACUCAGUCGAUUUCUUUCACUGUGUAUGGAUUCUCCACUGUUUAUGCUCAAGUGAUAUCCUUUAUGUUUGUGUAAUCAACUUGGAUUUAUCCAUAAUGGACAAAAAGAAGCAAUUUAACGUUACAGCCUCGUCGCUGGUGGACCUGAAGGCAGAGCUUUACAGGAAACAGCAGGAGUUUCGACAGGAAAAGCUCACCCAGCAUGGAGGAACUUCUGCUGCUGGGUCCGCUGACGGACCAAAGCUUAAGAAGCCCAGCAUCUGGAGUAAACAGAAUGAAGGCGUGUCUGCACGUGCUCAAAGGGAUGUGGAACUCAGUGCAGAGGAAGAGAAUAAUCUGGAUAAAUCAAAAAAGAAACUGGAGGAGAAGGCUCGUCUCUAUGAGCAAAUGACCAAAGGAGAUUUCCCAGAUGAAGAGACAGAGGGACUUUUCCUGGUGGACUUCACCCAGAAGAUCAUCGACCAGAGAAGAAACGCACACGCAAACACCUCGGGUGCGUACAGAGAUGGAGAGGACGAGGACCAACAGAUUCCAGUUCCACCCCCUCAGAACCCUGAUGAAGAAUGGGUGGAAUAUGUCGAUGCCCUAGGAAGAUCACGUAAAUGUUUGAAGAAAGAUUUACCUGACUUUAAGAAAAUGGACCAGGAUUUCCAGAAAAGCAGGCUGGGUAGCGGUGAUAAGAGUCUGCUCUCAGAGGACAUGCGGAGAGAGAUCCAGAGAGAGCAGUGGGCCGAGGAGGAGGAGGAGAGCAUGAAGAGACCCAUGGGGCCCAUUCACUACGAGAACAUCAGGGAACAAGAGGCCCGAGAGCUGGGUGUCGGAUACUUCUCGUUUGCUCAGGAUGAGGAGCAGCGACGGAAACAGAGGGAAACCCUGGACAUGCUCAGAGAUCAGACCACAGACCAGCGCACUAAGAGGGAGCGACUGAAGGAGAAGAGGAAGGCCCUGCUGCAGGCUCGUCUCUCCAAAGUGAGGAUGAGGAAGAUGAAGAAGAGCAAACUGGACGGAACCGAGGACGAGUCAGGUGCUGCGGUGGAGGAGGAGGAAGAGGAGGAUGAGGAGGGUGUUGGAGAGGUUCCUGAGACACCGUCCGUGCCGAAGGUGGAGGUGGAGAUCCAGGAGAGGAAGGACACCAAACCUGGAGUUCCUCACGUUCGAGAGUGGGACAGAGGGAAAGAGUCCAUGUGGAACCAAUGGGUCAGCGGUCGCCGUGACGAGAGGGACUCGGAGUUUGCUCCGCCGUCGGCGUACUUCGGCGGUCAGAACCGGGCCGGCAGCAGAAGCAGAACCUCGGCCGAGGAGGACCAGGACAAACCGAGGCUCUCCUUCAAGUGGGCCGGGACGCACGGGCACUCGUCCACACACACCGCCCAACAGUCAGCGAGUCACACACCAGCUCCUCCUCAGCCGUCCAAGCCAACACAGCAGGACCAGAGUCUGGAGGACAUGCUCUCCUUCUACAAGAACUCUACCUAGCGAUCUUUAACCUACGACCUUUGACCUGCGUACCGCCCGGCUGCUUGUAAUAGGACUGUGUGUGUGUGUGUGUGUGUGUGUGUGUGUGUGUGUGUGUGUGUGUGUGUUGACCGCAGAGUUGAAAUGUGCUGCAAAGUUCAUCAGAGCAUCUCUCUAUCCAGUGUGAGAAAGCUGAAUACUCCUCUACUGUCACAAGGCAACUAAAUGUACUGCAUAGAUGUUUGCCAUUUUACCAGGGGUGAAUAAUAUAGAAAACAUAAAAAAACAUGGCCGACUCCAGGUCGACCUCCUUCGGUGUCAACCAUGAGGACUAUCCUGUAAAUAUUUUUUAGCACAAUCUAUGGCUGUGUUUACCCAAUUGGAUUAAAGAGGAUUCUAUGAAGAACAACAGGUGUUAACCAUGUCAUUAUUUGUGAAAGAAAAAAGAAUUUCCCCAGAAUAUCUCCACUGUGUUUAAGAAAUAGCUUUCUACCUUUAUC